AUGCAUCUCACAAAACCCUGUCAUCUCAUAUUCUUUCAUUGUUCUACUGCUACAGCUCUAAAAGUUGUGAUCUCAGAAGAAAACGACUAUCAUUCCUGCAACCACAUUCUCGAGCAAAGAGGUCCGACAUGGUCAAAUCCAGAACUGGCUUAUGAAGAGCACAAGGCACAUGAUGCGAUCUGUGACUUCCUUGAAGGCCAGGGAUUCACAGUCACCCGACACGCCUAUGGAGUCGAUACGUCCUUCGAAUGCAUCAGCGGUACUGAAGGACGACUUAUCAACCUAAACGCGGAGUACGAUGCGUUGCCUGAUAUCGGUCAUGCUUGUGGCCAUACCCUUAAUGCCACCAGUAGCAUUGCAGCCUUCUUGGCGUUAAGCCAGCUUCAAAAGAAAUCCGGGAUCAAAGGCAGAAUCCAACUUCUCGGUACCCCAGCGGAGGAAGAUGGUGGAGGCAAGGCGAAACUGAUUGACGCCGGUGCUUUUCAGGGGGUGGAUAUCUCUCUGAUGGCUCACCGUGGACCAGAGAAUUUAGGUGGCCCCACUGGCGAUGGAGUUGCUGGGGUCUUGAUGAACGCUCGGAAAGAGCUACAUGUGGAGUAUUUCGGCAAGAACGCUCACGCCGGAGGCAAUCCAUGGGACGGUGUGAAUGCACUGGAUGCCCUGGUUCAAGCAUACAAUGGGAUAUCGACUUUGAGAAAGCAAAUCUUGCCGGAGGAGCGAAUCCAUGGCGCCUUCCUCGAUGUCCCAAAGGUUGCAAAUGUGAUCCCGGCUUACACCAACUCUUACUGGCAGGUCCGGAGCCCCACAUUACAGGGACUCAAUAAACUCAUUGCGCAAGUCAGGCAAUGUAUCGAGGGGGCGGCUGUUGUCACUGGCUGUACAGCCAAAAUCGAUGAGGACGGCCUAUAUGCCGAUAUCAUAUUGAACGAAACUUUGUGUGAACGGUUCACAAGGCCCAUGGCAGCUUACGGGAAGAAAUUCGUUCAGAAGCUCGACCAGGUGCUAACCGGUUCCUCUGAUGUUGGUGGGUUUUGUAAGGCUACUAUUUCAAUUCUUUUGAACCGUGUCACUAAUAUCCUUCAAGGCAAUGUGAGCUACGUAGUUCCAACACUUCAAGCUAUGUUCGCAAUCUCAACAUCUAAUGGGAGCUUUCCACACCACCCGGACUUCACCGCUUGUGCUGGGACUGAUGAAGCACACGACGCAGCCGUAUUGACUGGGAAGGGUCUGGCCCUUCUGGGCUGGAAUAUGUUGACCGAUGAUACUCUUUAUACGUCAGCCAGAGUGCAGUGUGAGGGCCAGAUCCCCAAAGAGGCCGCCCAUUAG